AUGGCUUAUGAAGAAGUACUAUUUCCGGUAGUAUUCACUGGAAAGAAAAUGUAUUUUGGCAUCCCUUAUAAAGAUAUUCUGAACUUCAAACCCAAAGAAGCCAUGGAUAUUAACAAUGACCGAUCACUCUAUGAUAUUGCUAAAGACGUUCUCAGGGAUGCUUUAGUUAAUACUAAGCAAUGGAAUUUCAAACAGUUUAUAAAGACUAAUGCAUGGAAACCUGAUAAAGACAACAAAGCUGUAUAG